AUGGCAUCUCAAGAAAUUGAGGGGACUUUGUCAGGUCUUCUAUCAGAACCAGGAGUUGAAGGUUACAUUGUUAUAAACUACGACGGUAUUCCAGUAAGAUCAUUUCCUGAGAACAACGAACUAUCAGUCCAAUACGCUGCUCUGAUAGCCGAUUUGGUUGCUAAGACUAAGGCUACCUUGAAGCAGCUGGAUCCCUCAGACUCUGAAUUUACCUACCUCAGAAUGCGUACAAAGAAUGAGAAGGAAGUGAUAGUAACUAACCAAAUAAUAAAUGGAUGCGAGUAUAUCUUAAUCACACUUCACUCAUGAAAAUUCUCAAAGGAUGAAGAGGAGAAGAAAGAAGAUGGGGAUGGAGAAGAUGAUGUGUAAGACCCACUUUUGCUAAAUUUAUUUCAAUUUUAAAUAA